UGUGAGAUAUGUAAUUUAAGUUUUUUAAAAUUGAAACAAAAGACAAUUCCUUUUUACGCCUGUAUAUAUAAUUUCUAGCAAUUGCAACCAUGGAGUACAGCCGCAGGUUCAAUGUCUUAUAUGGAGCCAAUAGUCCCGAUCCGUAUAGGUGACUAUACUCGUACACACCAUUUACUACCAUGGAGACCGAAUGUCGGAUUCGAGAAUACAGAAGUUAUUCCCUUAGCUACAAAGUCGAUAUCGAGUUACGCGCUGGACGCGAGCAGUAAGAUGAGUACGCGGCCGUUGAAAUUUCCAAAUCUGAUCACGGGCUAUCAGCGCAAUCCCGUACACGCGUCGCAAGCCGCCCUUUACACGAGAUACACGCCGCACGAAUGGUUUCAGAAACAAAUGAGAUAUUACAACGAGGCGGAUUCGCAGCGGCAUUACUCCGAGAGGACGCGAAACGACGCCGUGAGGAUUAUCAGACAUGCCGAGGAGAAGAUACAGCACAAUCAGUACGACACCAGCCGUAGACUUGGCGAGAGGAUAAACGACAUAACAUUUUGGCGCAACGAAGUGGCAGCGGAACUGGAGAGAAUGCUUCACGAGAUCGAGAGACUCCACGAUUGCCGAAGUGUCCUGGAAAAGGCGAUACGGGACAUCGAAGGGCCGCUACACAUCGCAGAGGAGUGUCUGUACCACAGGGAAGCUAGAAAAAGCACGGAAUUGGUACACGACGAGUCGGAAAAAUGUUUACUGCGAGAGGUAGAAAACUUGCGGGCAAAUCAAAAGAAGCUGGAAGCCUGCUUGGACAGAUGCAAGGAUCAGUUACGAAAUUGCAGAGCUUCGCAGAAUCAACUGGAACUGGAUUUGAAGAACAAGGAGAGUGCUCUGGGCAUAGACUCUAUUUGCCACCAAUUGAACAAUCACACUCAUGGAUUGCAAUAUUAUUCUGGGAUUGACAAAUACGAUCCGUGUGUCUCAGAGCAAGAAACCUGGGCGGACGCGGUGAACAGAAUAGUGCAAAGGUCCCAAACGGAGCGGAACAAAUCCUGUCAAUUGCGCACCACCGCCGAGAGCCUUAUCAAUAAAGUCGCGCAGGAAAUGUGGAAUACUUGGAGCAACACCAACAACGCUUUAACGCACAGAUCGUCCGAAUUGCUCGAGGCUAAGAACAAGCUCCAACAGCAUUUGCAAAAGGUGCAGCAGGAGAUAUUCGGCGUUGAAAAAAAUCUGGAAUUAAUGCGUAAAGCUAUCGCGGACAAGAGUUACGCGACUAAGGUUGCGCAUACGAGGAUGGAGGCGAGGAUGCAUCGUCCCGAUAUGGAAUUAUGUCGCGACUACGCCUAUGCGAGCCUUCAGAAAGAGAUCGACGAGAUAAAUCAUCAACUCGAGCGAAUGCACAAGUCGUUGAAGGAACUCGAGAAUCAACAUCAGAAACUGUUGCGAACUCGCACUAUGCUCGAACACGAUCUCGCCCUUAAGGUCGACGCGCUAUACAUCGACAAGGAGAAAGUUUGCGGUCUCAGACGCGCGUAUCCCGUCAACGCACUGUUCAGAUUUUAAAGAUAUAUUCUCUGUUAAUGCCGUGCUCUAUAUACGAAUACUGCCAUUUAUGAGAAUGUUCAGCCGUGAAAUCACUUGGAAUGCACUCCUAGAGAAAUUUAGGCUACGUGACAUUUCCACGAUUCGAAGGAGGUUCCAAAAAAUAUAUAUAUAUAUUAAAUAUUUAUUUGUUUGUACAAUUGUAAUAACUAUUAAAAAU